AUGGCUUCGAUGAUGCAGGACCAGAACAUGCAGCAGCUGCUGUCGCAGCUCACGCAGACCAUGCCCGGGCCCACCAAAAAGCUGCACCCUGACGACCCUUUCCUGGACCCGAGCUUCAUCGGCCAGAUGUUCCACGCGCCGACGGUGCACUCAGUGGCGAUGCUCCAGCAGGCGGUGGAGCAGCUCUCCAUGACCGCGGAUUUCGCCGCCGAGGAGAAGCCCGUCGCCAAGGCGAAGUCGGACAAGCCCGCCGCGAAGGCGAGUGCCCGUGGCGCCGCGGAGGCCGCUGCGGACCAGCAACUGCUGCCAGACUCGUCCCAGGUGCUCAGCGGCUUGAAUCCGAAAAGCCCGGCCGCGAAUUUCAAGGACUGUCCUUCAGCAUCUUCCUGCAGGCCGAGCAGGAAAGCCCCGAGAUCAGGUUCAAGAGCCAGUUGCAGGCAAUGGCAAACAUGGGCUUUACCGACAAGGAGGCAUGCAUUCAGGCGCUUCACGCGAACAGUGGCAACAUGA